UUCCCAGGAAUCAUAAGCACCAGCUAGCCAGCUCGUCUUCCCUGAAAACAGAAAAAAUCCAUUCUCUGUACUUUCCAAUUUUUUUCUAUUGCAAUAUUUCUAUUUCUCCAAUACGGAAUUCUCAAAAUAACUUUCAAUUAAUUCCUUAAACAUGGCGAAAAUGGCUUUUCAACACCAGGCCGGUACGGCAAUGGAAUGUUUGAGUAUUCCAAUUACAUUACACAAGGAAGUCGACUAUGACCAAGAAGGUCGUGAAAUUCUUAAAUGUGGCUUUAAAAUAGGUGGUGGCAUAGAUCAGGACUACAAGAAAAGUCCACAGGGCUAUACUGAUUAUGGCAUAUAUGUAACCGAAGUGCACGAGGGCAGUCCAGCGGCACGCGCUGGUCUCCGAAUCCAUGACAAAAUUCUCCAGUGCAAUGGCUAUGACUUUACCAUGGUCACGCACAAAAAAGCAGUCAGUUACAUUCGCAAAAACCCAGUCCUAAACAUGCUUGUCGCCCGAAAGGGUGUCACAUCAACGUAAUCACUCAAAUUCACGCAUUUUAAACACAUUCCACUUAGGUUGAGACGGGCGACCAACAAGAAAAAAAAAGAUGAUUUAUGAUGCUUCGCAUAUCCCAUUCACCAGUAAUUUAACACCAACAUUACUCAAUGUAUCUUUAAC